GAGCUCAGCUUUGCUCUUCCCCACUCAGACCAGAGUCACAGCGGAACCAGGACGCCCACAGACGGUAAGGCUGUAAAACUUCAGUUUUCCUGCAGAGGACAGAACAACCAGACAACAUGGUCAAAGUCGGAAUCAACGGAUUCGGUCGUAUCGGCCGUCUGGUGACUCGAGCUGCCUUCACCUCCAAGAAGGUUCAGAUCGUCGCCAUCAACGACCCCUUCAUCGACCUGGAGUACAUGGUUUACAUGUUCAAGUACGACUCGACUCAUGGACGCUUUCAGGGUGAAGUGAAGGUUGAAGGAGACAAACUGGUGAUCGACGGACAGAAGAUCUCCGUUUUCCACGAGAGGGAUCCAGCCAACAUUAAAUGGGGCGAAGCUGGAGCUCAGUACGUGGUCGAGUCCACCGGAGUCUUCACCACCAUCGAGAAGGCUUCAGCUCACCUGAAGGGCGGCGCUAAGAGAGUCAUCAUCUCUGCUCCCAGCGCCGACGCUCCCAUGUUUGUGAUGGGAGUCAACCACGAGAAGUACAGCAACUCCCUGCAGGUGGUGAGUAACGCGUCCUGCACCACCAACUGUCUGGCUCCUCUGGCGAAGGUCAUCAACGACAACUUUGGCAUCGUGGAGGGUCUGAUGAGCACCGUUCACGCCGUCACGGCCACCCAGAAGACGGUGGACGGACCCUCUGGGAAGCUGUGGAGGGACGGACGUGGAGCCAGCCAGAACAUCAUCCCGGCCUCCACCGGCGCCGCCAAGGCCGUGGGGAAGGUGAUCCCCGAGCUGAACGGGAAACUGACCGGCAUGGCCUUCAGGGUUCCCACCCCCAACGUGUCCGUGGUCGACCUGACCGUCCGUCUGCAGAAACCCGCCAAAUACGACGACAUCAAGAAGGUUCUGAAAGCUGCAUCUGAAGGACCCAUGAAGGGAAUUCUGGGAUACACAGAACACCAGGUCGUCUCCUGUGACUUCAACGGCGACUCUCGCUCCUCCAUCUUUGAUGCUGGCGCCGGCAUCGCCCUCAACGACAACUUUGUGAAGCUGGUGUCCUGGUACGACAACGAGUUCGGCUACAGUAACAGAGUCUGUGAUCUGAUGGCUCACAUGGCUACUAAAGAGUAAAACCUCGUCGUCACGUUUUCCAAGUUCUCCGGGGUUCUAGAAGAACUCUGUUCUGCUCCUGGUUCCAUCAGACGGUCGACUCAUUCCACCUUUAAACUCCAGAUCAGUAUUUUUAUACAAAGCUUCAUGUUAUGCGAAGGUUAGAGUCUGAAUAAAGUCGUGUUUGUGAGAUCCACGGUUCCUGUUUGUUGACCGAGUUCUCUGUUCAGCUGCUGGAAUAAAUAAAGUCAACAAACAACAACAAA